AUGUUAUAUCUACUUGUGCCAAGUCUAGGAAGCAAGAUUAAGGAUGGACAGGAAGAGAUUGGUACAAAAACAUUCUUGGUUUACUGUAUAGGUCGCACUCCUAAUGGGGUCAUCAGCAGCUGGAAGAUGCGCGAAAUAAACGCAACUUCUUUGCCAGAAAACCAGCGGAGUUUCAUUCUGUGUAAAUUAAUUGAUAGGUCAGAUAAUGAAAGUUAUAAAUUAAUUGAUAGGUCAGAUAAUGAAGGUUAUCUGCCAAACUACAAUGAAGGUGAACAAGCUUACAAUAUGGCUUGCUCUGAUUCCUAUCAGAUGACUAAGUAUUCAAGCUUCAAUGCUGGUGAAACAAGCUGGUCUGAAAACCAAGCAACAUAUAAUGGAAUUCUACAAACAGGAAGCUACUGA